CAACAACAAUGAAGUAUACGAUUUACAUAUAAAAAGAGCAAGCUCCUCCUCUCAUCCGCUUCUCACACAUGCGUGCCCAUGCAUAUGAAUUAAUUAAUGAAAGAAAAUAAACAGUUAUAAAAAUGUUUGUAUAAACAUUUCUAGCAAAUUACUUAACCAUUUUGUAUAUAGUGUUCGUGAUCUUAAAAAAAAACCCCGACACGGAAGUCAAAACGUCCGUUUUAUAGACGAUUUACAACACCACGAGGUCCCCUCAACUGGAAUUGUUUAUACUCAUAUAGUAUAUCAUUUAAAUACCACACGGUGCUAAAUUAUAAGCUAUUCUAAAGCAACUGCGCAGUCGCAGCGCAGCGCCUGGGCGCCAGGCGCAGAGCACUAGCAACAACAACAACAGCUGCAGCAGCUGCAGCAGCUGCAUUAGUUGCCCACACACUUUCACUGCUCCCCCCGUGUUGAUCUCCACUUGCGGCGCCAUGACUGAGAAUCAGUUAUAUUCCAUGUCAUCGGAGUUCUUUGACAGUGGCUCAAACAGCAGCAGCAAUCCAUUGAAAUACGAACUAUAUGCGCUGACCACGCCCACGCUGAGCAUACAAACGGGCAGCUAUAUCGGCGGCAGUAGCAACAACAGCAACACUAACACUAACAACAACAACAACAACAGCCACAACAAUUCGAGUGCCAUUUCGAGCAGCAGCAGCGGCAGCAGCUACACAUCGAAUGUGAUGCUGAGCACAACUGCAAUUAGCAUACCGCGCAGCAAUAAUCCCAAUCAGAGCCAUCAUCAUAGUCACCAUCACCAUCAUCCGUAUCAGCAGCUGAGCGGUACGCCGACAUUGACGCCAACGCCGCGCCAGCAGCAACAUCAUUUGCACAGUUUGCCCAGCAUGGCGCAACAGCAACAGUUGCAGCAGCAGCAGCAACAGCAGCAGCAACAGCAGCAGCAACAGCAGCAACAACAACAGCAACAACCGCUGCAACUAGGCGAACUCUCCGACUUUGGACUGGAUGCUUUGGAUGCUGCGUCAUUGUCGCCGACGCUGCUGCAGGACGUUAGCCUGGGCGCUGCCUCGCCGCUCAGCUCCACGCUCUACAGCAGCGGCGGCACGGAUACAAGCGGACACAAUGCUGGCAGCAAUAACCGUGGCGGUGCCGGCAGCAGCAACUAUUUUACGCCUGAUCUGAGCUCCUGUCUCAGCUUGAACAUGCCAUCAGAGCAAUCGCUGCUUCAGGAUGUGGUCAGCGGCAGUGCAUCGCUGUACGAGAUGACGCCCAAUUCAAAUGCCAUGUGGAGCGACAUCAGCAGCGCCAUUGUCCAUACAAAACACGAGCCAUUUAAUCUAGAUGAUGAUUAUAUCUUUCCCAACGACAAGGCCGAAAUGCAGGCUGCCGAGCUGGCCGAUUUGAAUGGAGGUGACUUUUUGGAUGUGAUGAGCACCAUUGAGGAUUUGCUGCCCGCACAGAAUGUUAACUUUCUGCUGUCGCCGCAGUCGCAAACACCCGAUUCGCUCGUGGGCCCACCUCUGGAGCUGUUGCAGCAGCAGCAACAGCAGCAGCAGCAGCAGCAGCUGCAAACGCUGCUAUCGCAGGGUCAACAGACGCAACAACAACAGCAACAACAACAGCAACAACAACAGGCGGACACAUUUGAGCUGUACCAUAGCACACCCCAGAAGCCGCCAUCUCAAUUGGGCUCUAGUUUCUCGCCGGGCAGCCAGGCAUCGCAGUCGCCGCUGACACCACCGCCGCAUGCCAGCCGCUCACAAUAUCAGCUGGUUAAGUCGCGCAACAUGCAGGAGAUGCUAAAGAAGGGCAUGGCUAUGUCCUCGCCUCCUGACCGCCAUUCACUGCUCAGUCAGACGGCUGCGCUCAGUCCGGGUGGCAGCAGCAGCGGCUUUGGCAGCGCCGCUAGCGGCAACAGCACCAUAAUCGGCACGACAAAUGCUAGCUCCAGUUCGAAUCAUAGCCCCGGUCAGGUGGUCAUAACCGAGGCGCCGCCGGGCGGCGUACGCAAAUCGGUUGGCUAUCAGACGGGUGCCGGCGCAGUGGAGAGCUCACAGCUGUCGCGUCUAUCGUCGUCGGCGCCAACGCAUUUGGGCCUGGAGCACAUCUGGAUGCGACGUGAGCCGCGACAGCAUUUACUAUCAACCGGCUCGCUGGCCGAGGCCGAGAGCUUCUCCUCGCUUAGCACCGGCAGCGUUUUAUCGCCUGAUGGCAUCGACUUCUCCCAGGAUGACGAGGACGAUGCAUCCAGCGAGAAUAGCGACAACUACGACGAUUUCAGCAGCGACAACUGCGGUUCUGGGGAUGAGGAUGAGACACGCACAUCGACACCGAAUCAGCUCAGCAGCAGCAAGGGCAAGGAGCGUUUCUUUUGGCAGUACAAUGUACAGGCCAAGGGGCCGAAGGGCAAGCGGCUUGUCUUCCAGUCCAAGCUAGAAGAUCCCCAUGUGCUCAACGAGGUCACAGAUCCCGUGUUCAGUCCCACCUGCUCCGUGCGCGGCAUUAAAGUGUAUAAGCACAGUGGCAAGGCUCGCAAGGGGGACGGCAACGAUUUGACGCCAAAUGCGCGCAAGCUGCAUAAUAUUGGCAAGGAGCUGGACAAGCUGAGUCGCACCAUCAACGAUAUGACACCCGUGUCGGAGCUGCCCUUCAAUGUGCGUCCCAAGUCGCGCAAGGAGAAGAACAAAUUGGCCUCACGUGCCUGCCGUCUGAAGAAGAAGGCACAGCAUGAGGCUAAUAAGAUCAAACUCUAUGGGUUGGAAAUUGAGCACAAGCGUCUGAUCAAUGGCAUUGCCGAGCUGAAACAGGCGCUGGCACUGAAGCAUCGCACAAAGAGUCAGGGCGAGUCCACCGAGGAGGUGGAUCAGCAAAUACAACACAUUUAUGCAACGGCUACAUCGGGCAUACGCAUUGCGGGCGGAUCUACAGAUUUUGUGAAUAAAGUCUUGGAAAAUAUGCGCGGCGGCUUGCCCAAUGGUGGGCUCGAGGAUCUGCGUAAAUCAUAGACCAAAAAAUCCAACGCUGAAACGAGCCGCCCAUCAAGUUUAGACUUAAGCAUUGACUAGCAUGUAGCCACAGCCCCCGCCAACUAGAUCCCCAGCCCAGCCAUCCACACCUCUAAGAAUGUAACCCAGAAACUAGACUAACCAAACAUCAAUUUUUAAAAAAUGUUCUGCUUGAGUGCGUGAUAAUAUGUGAAUGAUAACAGGAUAAGAGCGAAAGUGAGAAAUAGUUGUAACUGUGAUUUAAGAGCCUGGCUUUGCGUGCAACAGAUAAAUGCAUCAAACUGUGCAACGAGCUAUUUGGCCAGCGCAAAAGUUAAAGAGAAAAGAAUUCCCCGAGCUAAAUGUAAAAGAAAUAAGAAAAAUUGCUAAAAAACGAAACAAACUGAAAAGAAAGAGGCAACCACAAACACAAAAACACUACGAAAUUUUGUUUAGUUUUUAAGAAGAAGAACGAAAGAAAAAAUUAUGGAGGUAAUGCAAAGAAAACGAGUCUAGGAAUUAGCUACCAGUUUUACCUGCUUACGACAUAAGUUUUUGAUUUUUUAAAAUUUGAAUUGCGAGACAAAAUUAGGCAACGCGAUAACUAAACAAGCACGUACAUAUUUAAUUAUUAUACAUACAUAUAUAACUAUAUAUACAACUGCGAUUUAUUUGUUUAAGUUUUGAUGCUAUAUAAAACAAGAUGUAUAAAUUGGUUCAAUGUUUAGCUUUAAGUUUUUUCUAUAUCGAUUCGCUAAAAUGGAGAGCUUUUACUUUUAUAUUAAUAGUUAUAUCCAUAUAUAUAUAUAUAUCUAUAUAAAACAAUUAUGUUCAUUAUGUUUGUUGGCCCCACCCGCUCCCACAUACAUUUUUAUUGGUCCUAGGUUGUCAGUCUUUAAGUUUCUGUUUGAUCCUAAGUUAAAAUGAAAAUAUUAUUGCUUUAUUGAAUUCGACUGCAUUUUUGCUGUUAAAUUUGAUGCAUCUUUUAAUUACAUAUACUGUACAUCUAUCUAUAUAGAUCUAAUAUAUACAUAUAUAUAUAUAUAUAUAUAUAUAUAUAUAUAUGCGUGGUGAUAUAAUUUUAAUUUUUCUUUAUAUGAUUCGAUUUUGUUCAGGUAAAACCUUUGGCUAAUAAUAUGCUUAUCAGGUUUUACGUACUAUAUACGUUUAAGUUUUAUAUAAAUUAAACCAUAUUAUUUACGUUUCGCAUAUGAAUUACCUUCAAUAUAAUAACCUAAUAUAUUACUUAAGGCAAAACAAACAAUUGCAAAACUUAAAUUACAUUCAUUUUUUAAAUUUAGUUGCGGGUCGCUCUUUGAAGUGCAUACGAAUUAAGUUUCAAAUACAAAAACACCAAAAAAACCUAAAACAACAACAAGCUUAACACACUUUGAGUUUUAUUAUGUUCGAUAUAUAUCUAUCAUUUUGAUUAUUUUCGAUUGUUUAUUUGAUUUUUUAAAGAACGUUUUGCUCUGCUUCGAUGCUAAUUUUGUGAUAUUUGUAUUGAGUAUAUUUGUUAGGGAUUCGUGGGUUUUAAGUUUUUCCUGGGUUGGGGCUGGUCUAGCCUUAUAAUUGCUUUUUGUUGCGCAACAAGUUGUGUUCAGUUGAUAUCAAAAAACUAAAAAAAAAAGUAAGAAAAAGAUUCAAAACAUUCUAAAGGCGUUUAGUCUGGACUUCUUCUUUUUUUUGUUUUGUUUUGUAUUGUUUACGUUGCUUUGCUUUGAUAAAUGAGAACGAAAAUACAAAUAUAAAAUACAAAAGUGAUUCAAGUUAAAAACUUAGAGCUUAGGCACUCGUAUCACCCACUGAGUUGAGCACGUGACAAACAAAUUGUAGUUCUUAGUUUAGGCUUACAAAAUGGAAAAGAUGGAAAAGAAACAUAUAUGGAACUAAUAUGUUUGUAAAAUAUGUAUACACAAUUAACGAUUGGCCAUCAGUUUUGAUUAGGGUUUUCAAAUUCAUGUUUUAGGAGCUUCAAAUCCAUAAGUGAUAUGAAUACGAAUUCAAAAUUACAUUUACGUCUAAUACACCCACACACACACACACACACACACACACAAACACAUGGCUACAGCCACACACACAAAGUACAAGCGCAAGCAAAGCGACUAAAAUUUUUUGGGCAUGUAAAACCUGCUAUAUAUAUACUGUAGUGUAUAACAGAGUUGCUUAGGUUUAGGGUUGUCUUUGUCCCACUGCAAGUAAUAUAUGCAAAUGAAGUGCGAGACAGCAUUGAAGUAAGCACGACAGUUCCUCAGUGUUUAAUAUGUGUAAAGAGCAUACUGAAUAUUAUACACAUACACAAAUAUUAACCUAUAUAAUUCUUAAUUAUACUGUAACAAGAACAAAUGCGAAUAAAAAAAAAAUAAAAAAGAAUAUAUAUAUACAUAUAUAUACCAAGAAAACAUAAAUAUUAUAUUUAUGUAUUGUAAAUGUGUGCUUUAAAUAAAUGUGCUUCAUAUUUACCAAUUUUUAUAUGUGGAUAUCAAUAACGUAAUUGUUAAUCGUCAAAUACCUAAACAAAGGAUUAACUACCUCAAAGUUGAAUACAAGUUUCAUAUUCAGUAAAUAAUUAAGGAUCAAAACGAUAUACAUAACAUAUACAUAUAUGUCGUAGGUUUACAUACAGCUUAAAUGAUGGUCAAAAAUUGAAUUAACCAAGAAUAUACUGUGGGAACUAAAAAUAUAUAUAAAUAUAUAUAUAUACAACAAGAGAGCCUGAAUCAUAUUCAUAUGUUAUUUGUCUAUUUAAAGCAUACAUAUGAAUUUUCAUAUUAAUUAGGAAUAUGAAACACAAAACAAAUUAUAGAAUUUCGUUAGAAAACGAAGCGCUUCACAUCUUACAGUUCCGUGCCGAUUCCAAGUCAAGAAACUAUCGAGUUAUACAGCUCUUUAGAUGGCCUGCAAGGCUAUCAGAUAACCCAACAAAUUUAUGUGGUGUCCAACAACAAUUGAAACUAAUUGAUAAACAAUUAUAAAUAAAUAAUUAUAUAUAUAUAUAUACUUAUGUACAAGAGAAAAUAAAUUUUAAGAAACUGUGUUGAAAAUUUUAAAUUGUGUCAGCCUUAAGGCAAAACAAAAGAAAACAUAAUUAUUAUGUAUAAAAUAAUGAGGAACAGCGAAAAGUAUAAAUUAUAUAUAGAAUACGAACACAAAACACACUCAUUAUGCAUGUCCAACCAAGAAAACAAUGUCUAUAUAUUCAAAAUAAAUACCAAAUUUCAAUGCAAAAAUAAAUGGCGACGGCAACAAAAAAAAUCAACAAAAA